AUGGAUCACGAAAAGGCCAUUGUUGCCAACAGCAAGGGCGACCAUGUCGCCCGCGUCUCCGAAGUCGACAAGGUUGACCUCCACAAGCUGGACGUCGACGAGGAGGGCCAUGAGAUCGUCCACCUCAAGCGCCGUUUCUCGUUGAUGUCCUGUCUCGGCAUCGCUUUUGCUAUUCUCAACAGUUGGACUGCCAUGGCCUCGUCGCUCCAGGUCGUCCUCCCCAGUGGUGGAUCCAUCAGUAUGGUCUACGGUAUCAUGGUCUCAUCUGUCGGCGCGUUCCUCAUGGUCAUCUCUCUUUCCGAAAUCUGCGCCGCCUACCCCCUCACUGGUGGCCAAUAUGACUGGGCAUACGUUCUUGCUCCUGAGGGCUUGGCUGCUCCUCUCUCCUUCUUUGCUGGCUGGAUGAGUUCUGCUGGUUGGAUCGCCCUCAUUGCGUGCAACUCGUCGAUCUGCGCCAACCUCGUCAUUGGCAUGGUCUCGCUUGCGCACCCCGACUUCUCCGCCGCCAACUGGCAGACAUUCCUGCUCUACAUUGCCUGGACUGCCGUCGCCUUCUGCCUGAACAUGUUUGCCGUCAAGAUCCUGCCCGCUCUCGAGAAGGCUGCGUUCUACUGGUCGAUUGCCGGUUUCUUCGUCGUGAUCGUUGCCUGCCUCGCCUGCUCCCACGGCAACUACAUGCCCGCCAAGAGCGUCUUUGCCCAGUGGACCAACGAGACGGGCUGGCCCGAUGGAAUGGCGUUCAUCCUCGGUCUCCUGCAGUCCGUCUUCGGUCUCACUGCCUUCGAUGCCGCUACCCACAUGAUCGAGGAGAUUCCUGCGCCAGGCAAGAACGCGCCAAAGGUCAUGAUCACUGCGGUUCUUCUUGGUUCGUCGACGUCGUGGAUCUUUACCGUUGUCCUCCUCUUCUGCCUCAAGGACCUCGACACUGUCAUCUCGGCCGCCACCGGCCCCCUCCUCCAGAUCUACUACCAGGCCACUAACAACGUUGCCGGCGCCACCUGCCUAGUCUUCAUCAACCUCGUGGCCAUGUUCGCCGCCUGCCAGGGUGUCAUGACCGUUGCCUCGCGUAUCGUCUUCGUGUUCGCUCGUGACCGCGGUCUUGGUCCCCUCAGCAAGUGGCUGGGCGUCGUUCACCCCGUGCUCCUCGUCCCUUCAUGGGCCAUCAUUUUCUCCACUGUCUGGGUCGUGAUCUUCGGUCUCAUUUACCUUGGUUCGUCGGUCGCUCUCAACGCCAUUAUCUCAGGCUCAGUUGUGAUGCUCCAGAUCUCGUACGGCAUCCCCAUUGCCCUGUCGUUCUUCCGCGGCCACAAGGUCCUUGACAACAACCCGGACGUCCAGCUCACUUGGUCUCUUGGCAAGCUGCGUCCGUUCGUCACUGGCUCGGCCCUGAUCUUCAUCAUUGUCACUUCGGUGUGCUUCCUCUUCCCUCCUGCCCUUCCUGUGUCCGGCUCGAGCAUGAACUAUGUCUCGGUCGUGGUGGCCAUCGUCUUCAUCAUGUGCGCCGCGACGUGGUUCACCGACGGCCGCAAGAACUAUCACGGCCCAAGCGAGCUGCGUGAGCGUCUUGCCCUCGCUCGCAGUGUUUAA